UAAACUAAACCGAGGAACCUCUUGAGGGACAGAGAGAACGAGAGAGUGAGAGGGGGAAAGCCAAAAGAGAGAGUGGUAAACAGUCUCAGCAAGGCUGUGCUGGGAAGCAUAACCGUGGACCGAUCUCCCUCCUGUUCUGCACAGUUGAAGAAUACCUGCGUGUUUGUGCAGCCGUGUGCUGUGCAUGUGGGCUCGCAUGCACACUGGAGAGUUGCUGCACAGAUUGUGUUGGAGUGCACACUCCUCACAUUAGUGGAGGGGGUGGUGGUGGUGGUGGUGGUGGAGCGGUGAACCUGUCCACAGCGCUCGCUCAGUGGUUCAGAUGGGAGACGCGUGUUCUUCACCUCUCUCAGCUGGCUACUGAUUUGGGAGUGAGUGUGAGAGAGUGUGUGUUUUUGUUUUCUGCUGAAGCUUGAUCUGCCUGACUACCCCUCGUCUCUCCUCUGACAAUGAGAUUAGAGGACCCGUGCAGAGAUUUUUCAGGAGGAGUUUUCUUCUCGUUGUCAUCAUCAUCAUUGCUCUCGCUCCGGAGCCGAUCCCCCCCACGCCGCUGGUGAGCUACACCUGGAGCAGCACCCACCUGGCUCGGAGCCUGCGCGCUCAAAGUGGAGGAAAAACGACGGCAAAAUAAAGACGCACAUUCAAACCCUUUUGGAUAUUUUGUUUCUUGAACUCCCCGUCACCUUCCCCACUACCUUCGAAAGCAACCUUUUGCUGGAGAGAGAACUCUAGAUUGGCAACUGGGAUAAAAACACUGAAUGAAAGGCUUAGAGGACACUGGGGCUUAUCACUGACCUCCCACCUUCAACCGGGAUCCGAACAAAUUACUUUUCCACGGCCUUCACUCCUGUCAUCUGGGGACGUUCAGGCGGUGUACUGAUGAGAGGAUGCUGCUGAGGACCAGCUUGAGACUCAGCCCCACGUGAACACCGCCCUUCCUCCUCCUCCUCCUCCUCCUCCUCCUCCUCCCCGAACCUCCCGUACUCCUUCCCUCCUCCCCUUCCCUCCCUCUCCCCGACCUCCUUCCCUCCUCCAGCCCAUCCGUCCGGCGCCGCUCGGGUACUCCACAUCCCCCCCCCCCCCCCCCCCCUCCUCCUCCCCCCUUCCUGCCGUCCCAGCAUGCACUGCCCGUGCCGAGGGAAGCUGAAGCUCCUGGUGGUGUCUCUCAGCUUCGUCAUCCUGCUGACCUGGCUCUACCUGCUGGUGGGAAACCUGGAGAAUGGGCGUGCCCUGCUCCUGUCCCCCUGCCUGGUGGAGUCCACGGAGGCCCGUCUGCUGGAGCGGGAGGUGCUGGAGUCGCGGGUGCGAGAGGUGGAGGAGGAGAACCGGCAGAUACGCCUGCAACUGAGUCAGUCACAGCAGCAGCAACAGCAGCAGCCGCAGCAGCAGCAAACGCGCCUGGGGGCUGUAGCCGCCGUCGCAGCAGCAGUGCAGGGGCCGGAGGGUAACUAUGGGAACCAACAGUGGGUGGCCUCAGCCGACACGGGGCCGGAGGACGUGGAGAACACGGCGGAGGAGAGGGCUAAUCACAGCGAGUGCGUGCGGACGCCCACGGUGGAGAAGUGUGAGCUGAUCCAUGUAGCGUGCGUGUGUGCGGGACACAAUGCCAGUCGAGAUGUAGUCACCCUUGUCAAGUCCAUCCUGUUCCAUAGGAGGAACCCUUUGCACUUUCAUUUCAUCACAGACACAGUGGCCAAUCAGAUUCUGAGCUCCUUGUUCCAGUCCUGGAUGGUUCCAUCUGUGCAAGUCAGCUUCUAUGAUGCUGAUGAGCUCAAGUCUGAGGUGUCAUGGAUACCAAACAAACACUAUUCAGGAAUUUACGGCCUAAUGAAGCUGACCCUUACCAAAGCCCUGCCGUCUGACCUCUCCAAAGUCAUCGUCCUGGAUACAGACAUCACCUUUGCCACCGAUAUAGCUGAGCUGUGGGCCAUCUUCAAGAAGUUCACAGAGAAGCAAGUGAUAGGCCUGGUGGAGAACCAGAGUGAUUGGUACCUGGGUAACCUGUGGAAGAACCACAAGCCAUGGCCAGCGCUCGGAAGAGGCUUCAACACAGGGGUCAUCCUGCUGUACUUGGAGAAGCUGCGGCGUAUGGGCUGGGAGCAGAUGUGGCGGCUGACGGCCGAGCGAGAGCUAAUGAACAUGCUCUCCACCUCGCUAGCCGACCAGGACAUCUUUAAUGCAUUCAUAAAGCAGAACCCUGUUCUGGUGCACCAGCUGCCCUGCUUCUGGAACGUCCAGCUGUCAGACCACACGCGCUCCGAGCAGUGCUACACCGAGGUGUCGGAUCUGAAGGUGAUCCAUUGGAACUCCCCCAAGAAGCUGCGUGUGAAGAACAAGCACGUGGAGUUUUUCCGCAACCUCUACUUGACGUUCCUCGAGUACGAUGGGAAUCUGCUCCGCCGAGAGCUCUUCGGUUGCCCCAGCCAAGCCAGCUCUGAAAGUACACAGCUACAGGGAGCUCUGGAGGAGCUUGAUGAGGAUGACCAGUGCUAUGAGUUCAGACGAGAGCGAAUCACCUUGCACCGAGUUCACCUCUACUUCCUGCAGUAUGAGUACACACCAACCACCGAUAACACAGACGUUACUCUAGUCGCCCAGCUUUCCAUGGACAGACUUCAGAUGCUGGAGGCCAUCUGCAAGCACUGGGAGGGCCCCAUUAGUCUGGCGCUCUACAUGUCCGACGCCGAGGCCCAGCAGUUCCUGCGCUACGCUCAGGCCUCGGAGGUGCUCAAGAGCCGCAAGAACAUCGGCUACCACAUCGUCUACAAAGAGGGCCAGUUCUACCCAGUGAACCUGGUCCGCAACGUGGCUCUGCGGAACGCCAACACGCCCUAUGUGUUCCUGACCGAUGUGGACUUCUUGCCGAUGUAUGGCCUCUAUGAAUACCUCAGAAAAUCUAUCGUUCAGUUGGACAUGGGCAACACUAAGAAGGCUCUGGUGGUGCCGGCCUUUGAGACCCUGCGCUAUCGCCUCUCCUUCCCCAAAUCCAAAGCUGAGCUGCUCUCCAUGCUGGACAUGGGGACUCUCUACACCUUCAGGUACCACGUUUGGACCAAAGGCCAUGCUCCGACUAACUAUGCCAAAUGGCGGACUGCCACCACGCCGUAUAAGGUGGACUGGGAACCAGACUUUGAGCCCUACGUGGUGGUCCGAAAAGACUGUCCGGAGUAUGAUCAGAGAUUUGUGGGCUUUGGCUGGAACAAAGUAUCACACAUUAUGGAGCUUGAUGCCCAGGAAUACGACUUGGUCGUGCUACCAAAUGCCUUCAUGAUCCACAUGCCCCACGCACCAAGCUUUGACAUUUCAAAGUUCCGAUCCAGUCCAAGCUAUCGCUACUGUCUGAACACACUCAAGGAGGAGUUCCAUCAGGACCUCUCCAGAAAGUACGGCUCUGCUGCGCUUAAGUACCUCACAGCCCAGAGGAACAUCUAAAACCCCCGGCCUAACCCAAACCCACCCUGGAUGUACCUCGCAGAAUAAAAGGGGCACAAAAUGGCCAGUCCCAGAGGGUUCCUGGCUCCCAAUGCUGCUCCUGAGUCCCAAGAUAGACUGACGCCCUGGCAUGUCAUGGGACUCUGUUGACUGGUUAGAGUCUGCAACUCCAGUCAAUGAUGAGGUGAUACAUUUACAGGUUGUAAGUGUAAGUCAUGUUAAUGUUUUUAUCGACAAAGUUUGAAGAUAAUGUUGAUGGAAAUCAUGCAACCGUACCAUGCCCUAAAAAUCACAUUAUUGGACAUAACUCGUACAAGGACAACUAUAUGCUUUUAUUUUUAAAGCAGCGGUCAAUGAGUUAUAUAUACUAUAUACACUAUAUCACGAGGAUUAACACUAUGUGUGGUCAACUGCUUUCUAUUGAAGAAGGAGACAAUGGAUUCAAUCAAGAUGAAACAUGACUGACAAUCAAGCAGGUCAUUUCCAUGGACAAAGACUCUUAAGCCAAUGGGAUAUGAUGAUGGAAACGUUAUCAGGCAAUGUGGCAGAUCAUACUGUAUGUAUGACGAAGUGGUCAAAUGGAAAGCUGUUUCCUCAAACUGUAUCGGUGGACUUUCAGAUUGAAGAAGGCCAGUGAGACAGCAGAAAUGUUCAAGCCUUACUUUCCGAAGAUUUUGUUAAAAAAUAUUUAAAGCCGUAAUCGGUUUCGUUUUGGAUGUACAUGAUCUUAAACAAAAAAUAUGUUUUAAUUUAUGUGGUACUUGAGAAAAAUUACCCCUUUUCCUUUUAUUUCUACAUUUUAAACCCCAUUCAGAGAAAAUGAAUCUUUUAGAAAAAGCAAUGCUUGGCGAGGUUUUCCUGAUAAGACUUAAAGAAUGCUGGUGGUUCAUUUUACUGCUCAGUAAAACUGGCAUGUCUUUCCAUCUGGGCACAUCAAUAUUAAUUACUGUAAUUCACUAACUGGCAUCGCUGUGUUGCAUAUCAAGGCAUGCUUUAGCUCCCAUCUCUACCCUACACCCCAGUACUGCUUACUGACUAUGCGUAUGUAAGUCUGUCAUAGCUGCUUUCCUCCUCCCGUCAUUCCGCCUUGUGGGGGUCACAUGUCAUGGCAAUGUCUGGCACACUUGUUAACAUCUCAGACUGUCCAGAGCGAUGUGUAAACACACAGCUUUUGGGGUUGGGAAAGUUUAGUUGGGACCACAUAAUUAUGGACUUGUAUAAGAAUUCUUAAAUGUUAAAUUAUCUCUAUAUGAAAAUCAGUGUGAAUGGAGGAGCUAUUGAAAAAUCAGCAAAUUCCCUAACGGCCAAGUAUGUGCCAAGUUCAAAUCUGACAAAGUGUGCCAUGUUCUCCAGCGUAUUUCCCCAUUUACACACAUUACAUUACACCACCUCAGUCUAUCCCGGCAAUGCAGAUCUGUUCACAGCUAUGAUUUCACCAUGUCAAAGACGGUUUAUAAAGGGACAAACCCCAGUAUAUCUAAUGUAGUGGCUGAAUACCAUAUGUACAGCCCAAGAUCUAUUAUGUACGGUACACACAGAUAAUGUAAUACUAUUCUUUAGUUACCAUUCGAUAUGUACUAUAUGGGCUCCCAUCUCAGCCUCAGUUAACCCUUUCCAAUCCUCACCACAUGUAUUCCUUCCUCCCAGUGGACUGUGCAGAUCUGCGGUAAAUGCUAGUGCCUUUGCUGUAUUGUGAAACUGGAUAUUGAUUGUACUGCUGUUCGCAACGAUGGGGCCUGCAAGACCACAGGCACUAUAUUUAUUAUUGUUGACUUAAAUCAAUCAUAUUUUUCUAUGUAGGGUACAAAGUGCUUUAAAUAAAUUUGCCCUUUUUCUAUGACUUUGGGUGGUGGGUUUUGUGUGAGCAUAAAACCGUUGGUUUGUCAUUUCUGAAAGUAGGACUGUUAUGAUGGUGUGACUUGGUCUGAUCUUGGUUUGAACUUGUGUGGAGAAGCCAAAAAUAUGUUGGUAGGUUUGAAUACGCCUGAACUAGGGGCAUAGGGACAACAAAUAAACAUGACUGGGGAUGUUCAUAUUAUGUUAAAAGUCAUUAACACUAUGCAAGAGAUUACGGAUUUACAAAAAUGAGGGUUACGAUAAUUAAGUUUUCUGUUUCACCCUGUCACAACA